AUGUCUGCUCCUUCGCUCACCAACUAUAUCGUCAAGCGCCCCUGGCUCAAGCGCUGGAUGACCCCCAUCGCUCAGUGGUACACCGAUGCCGCUGGUUACAGACGUCUCGGACUCAAGUUCGAUGACCUGAUCCCCGAGGAGAGUGAGACCGUCCAAAAGGCCAUCAAGCGUCUGUCUUCCAAGGAGGCUUAUGACCGUGUCUUCCGUAUCCGCCGUGCUGUCCAGUGCUCCAUCUCUCACACUCUUCUUCCUCCCCAUGAGCAGACCAAGCCCGAGGAGGACGUCGAGUACCUGAGCCCCAUCAUUCGCGAGAUUGAGAAGGAGGCCAAGGAGCGUGAGGACCUCGACAACCUUGUGAUCCGCAAGUAA